UCUUCUUGACCUCAACUCUCCAGCCCUGUGCGGCUUUGCUUGAGCGCUCAAUCUUGAGUGCGAAGCCCUGUCCGACCUUCUCGCUCCCUAUACUCCCAUGUGACCGCGAACCUUCGUAAGUGACCCCUGUUCUUCCAUGAGACUCCCUAUUUUGGAUUCAAUGACUUGCGCGGAGUGGAAGUAGUCAUCCUGCAUGCUUAGUACGGGGUAUUCUAGGGGCUGGUUCAUUUCCUUUCCCGCGUAUGAUAUAUGUGACCGACAACUGACGGAUCGAUUCUAGGCUCACCGAAUUCCCUAAAGUCUCAACAGCCCCAUACCGCCAUGGCGACUUCAAGAUCUCUCCGGAGAACGAAUCCGAUCACCCUCGGUCUCGCGACCAUCCUCACCAUCGGGUUCCUGUUCUUCAUCUUUUCCACCCCAUCCGACCCAUCUCCCUCUAAAAAGCGGACCAAAGGACCCGACAUCGCCGCAAAUAUAUUAUCCCCUGCCUCAUUACCGUUCAAGAAGUCCGGGGGCGAUGAAUCGGAGAGACCACCACCGGUCGUCCGCUACCGCAUGAACAAUGUCACCACCACCUCCGACCCCAUCGGAAACCGGGAGACCAUUCUGAUCUUGACCCCGCUCGCACGGUUCUACCAGGGGUAUUGGGAUAAUUUGUUGCAGCUGUCUUACCCUCACGAGUUGAUAUCGCUGGGAUUUAUCAUCCCAAAGAACUGGGAAGGGAACACGGCCACCAGCCAGCUCCAAGAGCGGAUCAAGAAGACCCAGUCCGGUCCGCAGAAGAAGCGAUUCGCGAGCAUCACCAUCUUACGGCAAGACACGGAAAUCCCGCUGCAGUCGCAAAGCGAGGCGGAGCGACAUAAGAUGCAAAACCAAAAGGCACGAAGAGCGGCCAUGUCGAAAGCGCGGAAUUCCCUCCUCUUCACCACCAUCGGGCCGACGACGAGCUGGGUCCUCUGGCUCGACUCGGACGUCGUCGAAUCGCCACCGACUCUCAUCCAAGAUCUCGCGUCGCACAACAAACCCGUCAUCGUCCCCAAUUGCUACCAGCGGUACUACAACAACGACAAGAAAGCCAUGGAUGUGCGGCCGUAUGACUACAACUCCUGGGUGGACAGCACCAUCGCGCAAUCCCUCGCCGAGAAGAUGGGCGACGAUGAUAUCUUGCUGGAGGGAUAUCCGGAAAUGGCCACGUAUCGAAGCCUGAUGGCGUACAUGUUCGAGGAGAACGGGGACCCGACGAAGGAAGUGCAGCUGGAUGGCGUGGGCGGCACGGCGCUGCUCGUCAAGGCGGACGUGCAUCGCGACGGGGCCAUGUUCCCUGCUUUCGCAUUCUACCACCUGAUCGAGACGGAAGGAUUCGCGAAGAUGGCGUCACGAUUGGGCUGGACAAGCUUUGGGUUGCCAAAUUACCUUGUGAGUCAUCAUUUAAUCGGCAAAAUCUGCUCCAUCCAGAACUAACCCCAUCUGUCAGGUUUACCAUUACAACGAAUAGAUUCACGGGCUGGAUUUUCGGAUAUGCCUUUCAUCGCAUGGGGGCC